CUUUAGCUGGUUUUUACUAAACUCCUGAUAUCACUCCGCUGGCAUGGUGGAGAAGCGGACCUGAUUAUUGUGAUGGUGGCAGGCAGUGACUAGAGACUUCCGCCACUGCUUCCCGUAUCCGCGUUUUGCGCCGUCUGUCCUACUAUCUGGUUGCUUCACAAUCGGACUACCGAAGGCGCUUGUGCGCUUUCCCCCCAACUCAACAACAUCUUACCCGGGAUUUCUUUCAAACCAAAACCAGAUGAGAUGCAAGUUCACUGGGAAACUCUGGAGCCCGUUCGGUUUAGGCAGCAAAACUUUUUCUCAGAGGACGGCACGGUGAACCGGAGAGUGGACUGUUGCUGUAGCCGCCGCUGCUCCUCUGCGGGACGGUUUGUGCGCAUAUGAGCGCUGGGUGCCCACUCGCACCGUCGCUGAACCGCUGUGUGUUUUUGCUCUUAUCAGCGUGGCAGCGGCUUUAUUGUUGAAUUCAGUUUGGGGGCUUUGUGUUGUUUGUGUUCAGCACUUGGAAAGAAAAGAAGAGACGCUCAGCCGCAUGACCGAGAGCCUCGCAGCCCUUUAAACCUUCCACUCCCGGUUGUUGCCCUCUUCUUCAGCGGCCGUAUCUUCCGCCCGCUGCUCGGGACCUUUCGCCGGCGGAGGACGCGCAGAGAAAGCGGACUCUAGGUGGUGGAGUGGAGGUGGAGGUGGAAGGAGGAGGAGGUGGCGGCGGUGGCGCUGAGCUUAACUGGGAGAAAAGUUCUUCCAAAAUAGCCGCCGCUCGGCCCCGUGAUGGGGGACUUCGCCUCCCCCGCUGCCGGACCCAACGGCAGUAUCUGCAUCAACAACAGCAUGAACCCGGCCGCCGCGAGCAUGGGGCCCGCCGCGAGCGUGGUGGGAAUACCUAAGCACAGCACGGUGGUGGAGAGGCUGAGGCAGCGGAUAGAGGGCUGCAGGAAACACCACAUAACCUGCGAGAACAGGUACCAGCAAGCCCACGCCGAGCAGAUGGAGAUAGACCGCAGGGACACGGUCAACCUGUACCAGCGGACUCUGGAGCAAAGGGCCAAAAAGUCCGCCAGCGGCAGCAGCACCAAGCAGCCCCAGAGCAAGCAGCUGGACCCGGACUCUGCGUCCUCCGCGGAGCAGAGGAAUAACACGCUCAUAGCGCUCCAGGAGACUGUAAAGAGAAAACUGGACAGCGCACGAUCGCCCCUCAACGGAGACCAGAAUGGGAUCUGUGAUGGAGGCAACUACUCACCGACCACCAAACGGGUACGGAAGGAAGGUUCCAGCGGCAUGGACUCACUAACAGGACUCCCUAAUAACAAUAAUAACAACAAUGUGCCGCCCAUCUCUCCACUGCAUCACCAAAUGGACAUUAAGCCCUUACACUGCGGGCCUAACACUUCUGCCGGUAACAACACUACAAACAGCAAUGGGAACCAUGUAGGCCGGACAUCGGAUGAGCUGGGGAAGAACGGUGGCAGCCACCUUCCAGACAUGAAGCUAAAUGGCUCACUGGACUUGGAGGACAGCUUCGGCCUCCUCAAAGACUUGAAACAGGAGCCCCUGGAUGACGGGGGUGGAAUGGAGUCGUCUGAUCCCCAGUCUCUGUCCAAUCAGAACAAGCUGUUCUCUGACAUUAACCUCAACGACCAGGAGUGGCAGGAGCUGAUCGAUGAGCUGGCCAAUACUGUGCCAGAGGACGAUAUGCACGACCUCUUCAACGAGGACUUUGACGAAAAGAAAGAGGCUGAGUUUGGCAGGCCGGCAAACAAUCAGACGCCGGGCCCACAGGAAGCAGCUGGGAAUACGACAACAGCGGGAGGGGGGGCCGCGCCAGCAGCACUGCCUCCUCCUCCACCUCAGCCUCCACAGGGAGGCCCACAGGUUCCCAUGGGUUCACCACAGGUGCGACCAUCUUCAUCAGGCCCUCAGUUUGCCACCACUGCCAAUGGGACGCCUCCUCAGCAACCUUUGCAGCAGUCUCCAGCCGUUGCUAUGGCAUCAGGUUCGCCAUUGCACAACUGCGUGGCUCGCUCCCCUCAGACUCCAACCCAAGCUCAGACACAAGCAGUCUCUAGGCCUGGGAAUGGAUACAUGAUGAACCCGGGGCCAGGAGUCAGUCAGGCGGGCACUGGACCUGGAGCAGCGGGGAUACCGCCUGGAAGUCAGUCUGUAGGACCAGUAACGCCUGAGCUUUCCCAUGCAGAGCAGCUGAAAGCAUUUGCUCAGCAGCGUAAUAAAAUGAUGCAGAAGCAGCAGCAGCAGCAAGCAGCUAACUGGUCACCUGCAGCCGCUCCAACCAGUCCCUAUAACUCCGCUCACUUUAACCACGACAAACCCAACAGCCCCAUGAUGUAUCCACCGCAAGCCUUUAAUACACCACAGGGCCCUCUAGUGGGUGGCAUGGCCCCCAACAACGGUCCCAAAGCCCCCAUGAACAACUACCUCCCUCACAACCACAUGGGCAUGAUGGGCCAGCAGCAGCCAAACAGCAUAAACCAGAACGCCCUGUCCAAACAGCAGCAACAGCAGCAGCAAACAGCAGGCAUGUUGUCCUACAGCAACACCAAACCGCUGAGUCACUUCAGUGGCAGCGGGGUGGAUCACAUAGGUCAGAGAAUGACCCCGCCCAUGCCAGGGAACAGUCAGGUCAAGAACCCCAUGAUGCCACCUUAUAUGGGCGGUGCGGGAGGUGGUGGCCAGGGUCCGGGGCCGGGUCAGACGCAAGGGCCAAUCCCAGGACAGACAGCUCACCUGAGUGAAGAGCAGAAGAGGAUGUUACUGAUGAAACAGAAAGUGUUGAACCAGAACAUGCCCUACAACACCAUGCAGCCUCAUGGACAGGAGCAAGGUGUGGUGGGGAUGUCACGACCACCUGGCGCCAUACCACCUCCUCACCCCGCUGGCGGCGUUGCCUCUGGGGUGGGCCCCAACCAGGGAUCAGGUCCGCCUCCGGUCUACCGGCAGGACGUGAUGAAGCAGAUGAUGGUGAUGGAGCAGGAGAAGAGGGCGCAGAUGCACAUGAUGGAGCAGCAGAAACAGCAGCUCUUAAGAGAGCAGAGACAGCAGCAGCAACUCUUGGCUGAACAGCUCCAGCAGCAGCAACAUCUCCCCAGACAAAUCGGCCAGGGCCAGAGGAAUCCAUAUCCCCAAGUCAAUCAGUACCAAGGUACCCCUCAGGCUCUCCAGACCAUUCGGGCUACCCGCCUCCUGCAGCAGCCGCAAACUCAGCAGCAGAUGGUCCAGAUGAGUUCUGUUCAGGCCCAGGGUGGUUCUGUGGGACCCCAAACUGACAUGGGACUACCCUACAGUAACCAGGGAUCCAACCAGGGUUCCCUGUAUGGGCUCAACCCCUCCAUGAGCCAAAUGAUCCACCAGCAGCAGCACCAGAGCCAAAGCGUCCAAGCCUCCAUGGGUCUUCCGCCACAGCACAACCCCACCGGAGGGCCACCCCGGCAGGCAGGUGCGGGUCCUGGAGUCGGAGGUAUGCCUGGAGGACCCGGAGGUGGUGGAGCUGGAGGUUAUGGAGGGCAAGGGAUGUUAAUGAACUCCAUGUCCCAACAACCUCUUAAAGGACCUCCUAAUGCCAAAGCUCAAACACAGAGACUGCAGAGCAUGCUGGGAGGAGGCGGUGGGGGAAUGGCAGCAAGUGGCUGGCCGCAGCAGCAAGGACAGAGUCUGCAGGCCAUGGGGGGUGGAGUUGGAAGGACUACAGGAGGAGGGGGAGGAGAUAUGGUGGGGUUCAGCUCUGCCCAGGGUUAUGGGAUGCAGCCGGGUCAACCCCCACGCAUGGCUAAACAACACUUUCAGGGCCCAGGACAAGGGAUGGGCCAGGGGAUGGACCCCAGGUUGGGCAACCCAGCUGCGGGUAUGGCUGGCCCAAUGAUGGGCCCUCACAUGGGUGGUCAACCAAGGACCAACCAACCCCGCCCUAUGGUUAUGAACCAGGGAAUGAACCAGGGGGUGAUGGGCCAGGGAAUAACUGGGAUGGGGGGUUUCGUGCCAGGCCCUGGGGGGCCAGGAAUAGGGGCAAGUGGAGGUGGAGGAGGUGGAUCUUACGGACCAGGGGCAGUCGGGGUUGGAGGUCAGCCGCAGGGCUACCAGAGGACAGCCAAUCAGGACAUGUCAUCCUAUGGAUACGGGGGCGGGCCCUCAGGCGGAGGAGCCUUCGGAUUGGGGGACGGCUCGGGGGCAGAGCUGGACUCAAGUGACGGUUGGAUGGAGGAGUUUUUCUCGAGCUAAUAGCCAACGGGGAAAGUUGUUACUGGAUGAAAUAAAAACGUUUAAAGUUGGACAAAUUUUAAAAUCUGAGAAAGUAAAACAAAAACGAUAACAUGA